AUGACGGACAAUUUGAUAACUGCACCUUAUUUUUCUUCUAAGAAGAAGUUUUUUUACAAAAAUCUACUUGAUGAGAAUUCAAAGGUUGACUUCAUCUCACAAUAUAGAAUGAUUCAAAAAAUGAAGGAUUCUGGUUAGCGUCCUCCAUUACCUGAAUAUACACAUAGAAACGAAUACAAACCUCUUUUUAUUUUUGGCUCUCCUAAACAUUCUCUCGAACAAAUUACAACCAAAUAAUCCACUCAUUUAACUACCACUCAACGUGUAAUUCCAAACACAAUUGGAUCAUUUGAUAGAGAAGAAUCAUUGCCUACAAUUUCUAAAAGAAAAAGAGCAAACAUUAAGAAAAUAAAAAUGAUCACUCAAGCACCUGAAGACCUUUAAAUACUUGACUAUUUAGAAUAUGUGAAAUAAACUCAGUAAUAAAAAAAACAAUUGAAUAAUAUUUUUGAGAAAUUAGAUGAAAAAGAAGGAAAUACAUUUGUUUCUUUAAAUUAAUUAAAGCAGAACCAUCUCAAAUCUAUUAAGGCUGAAUAAAAUCUCUACAUUCAUAAACUAAUUUUUAGUUCAUUUGCUGUAUACUCUAUUAAAGUAUUCAAAUCAAUUACCUUAUAAGAAAUUAUUGAUUUGUACCUGGCAGCAUAAAAAAAAUAAACAAGUCAAUUUAGUGCAGUUGAGUAAAUUGUUCAAUCCUUCUUAUCCGAUUUAGAAAUCGCCUCCAAAAUUUAUAAUUCAACAAAACUUAUGGCUUCUGCCUUGUGCAAAAUAACAGGAAUUGAUUACAAAUUGUUUUAUUUACUCUAUAAACCUAAACGAAUACUUCCUAAUAAUGAUGGAUAUGUAAUUGAUGAGAAUUUCGCAAACAAUUACUAAUAUACACAUAUUGAUUGUUAUGAUGUUUAUUAUAGAAUUUUUGGAGCUGGUGAUUUACCCUAUGAAUAUUAGGAACAUAUGAAAGAUUUCUAUACCUAAGAUGCUGCACCUUCCAUAUUUAAUAGUCAAAUUAGACAAAAGGAUUAUAAGUUAGCGAAAUAAAAAUUAGAAAAUGAUUUUGGUAGAGAUAAAACAGGUUGGUAUAACAACGCCAAUAAAAUAGAAGUCGAUUUAGAUUUUAUUAGAAAAUUACUCUAUUAUUAGAAAAAUUUAUAAAUAUCAUUAAAAAAUAAAUAAUCUGACAUUAUAAUGAAUAAACAAUUAUAAUUGUAACAUUAUACUAAAUAGGUGAUAACAGAAGAAGCUUAAGAAUAGAAGUAAAGAUAAUUGAUUUAACAAACUAAUUCUUUAUUAUUUAAAAUAGAAACUGCAGAGAAUUAAAUAGGGACAUUUCCAUUAGUUUCUAGAUCAAAUAGAUAUUUCUAUGAAAAUCUGCAUUAUUUAGAGCGCAUAUAGAAUAAAAUAAAGAAGAAUGAUUAUUAAAUAUAAUGA